AUGAAACUCCUCACCACGAACUUCCUGACCUGCGCCGUCAAGGCGUGCAAAUCCUCCUCCGCCUCGUUCCCCCUGCACUUCAAGGACGCCGUGCUGGAACGCACCGAAAUCGAGUUCAACCCGCUGUUCAUACAGAAUAUCCUGCCGCGCGUGAACUGGGAGGCGUUGACCGUCACAGCGACCGAGCUGGGAUUGCAGGCGAUGGUGCCCGAGAAGAAUCCUGCGGAAUUUGACGACGUAGACGUGGAAGCUGACCACGAGAUGGACGUCGAAGGUGUAGAUGACAAGCCAGACCAGGAACAACAAGGGGGUUCUGCUCAAAAGGAGGCGAGGAGAGAGAUGGACGAGGACGUUCUGAAGAAACUACACACCCUCCUCCUCGAGACCGGAGUGUCGGAGGGGAAACUGGUCUGUGGGAACUGCGGCUUUGAAUACCCCAUCAAAGAAGGCGUCGGCAAUUUCCUGCUGCCCGCGCAUCUAGUGUGA